AUGUCUUGGCUGGACUGGGAGGAUUCGUUUGCUGCAUUCAAGGCUUUUUUCAAUGGUGACAUCAAGGUCCUCAGGUCUAUUGCUGAACUUCUUCCGUUUUGCCACAGGUAUGAGGCUUUUAUGGAGAGUAGGUGUUCUCUCCCUGCUUUCUCAAGGAGUGCGGCCUUUCGGGUUCUCAACUUGGAUUUAGCAUGUGCUGUUUUUGGCGCUCGGGCCAUCCAUAGGAUGAAGUCGUUGAUUGGUUUUGAUGGGAUAAAGGUUGCAGUUGAUACUUUGAGCCUUAAGCAACGAGAAUUGGAGGAUCAUUGCCAUGAACUGCAUGCUUUUCUUUUGGCCAAAAGGGCUGCUGCCAGUGGUGCCGAAUGCGUGGUUAAAGCAUCUGCUAGGUCAUCUCAUGAUGCUUCCUCUGUUCUUCUUAGUUACUAA